AUGAGCGACCCUACCAAGAAAAGCCCCUCUGAUACAGGCAUCACUGGUGCGGGCAAAGCUGUGACAUCAACCCUGGGUAACACCGUUGGUGGCUUGGCCGACACGGUUGGGGGUGUCUUGGGCGCUACGGCCCGCGGCGUCGGCGAAACUGUUACUGGCGCCACUGGAGGUCUUGGCAAGCCCUUAGGGGAGGCACUGGGCAAGGCUGGCUCGGGAGUUGAGGGAGGAGUGGCGAAUGUCGCUCAAGGAGUCCGAGAUGCAGGCGAGUGGAAGAUGAACUCAGAGGCCAAAAAGUAG